UCCAAAAUAAAAGGGCUAGAAUUGAAGUGUUUUUCACUUUUCGACAUGGCCCAUAGAAAGAAAACCACCGCCACCGCCACCGCCACCACCUCCGACGCCGCAUACGGCGGCGACAACUUACUAGAAAGAAUCCCAGAAAGCAUUCUUAAUGAAAUCUUUAUCAAGUUACACCCACCUGAUUCUCUAACCACACUCACCACUUUAUCUUGUGUUUCAAAAACACUUCAAUCUUCUGUCAACAAAACUCUGUCUUCUUUCACAUCCCUCGAUCUCUCUACCAUUUCAUUGGAUAGUGAAACAUUUGAUGGGAUUGUUAAAAGGUUUGGAAAGAUUAAGAAUAUAACCUUGGAUUGUCUUAGGAUAAACGAUGAUUCAGUUAGAAGGUUUCUUGGUUCAGAUGUUGAAGAAUUGGUUUUGUUGAAAUGUUCUUCACUCUCUUACUCACUCCUUGCUAGCAUUGGAAGUUCUUGUUGCAAUCUAAGGGUGCUUACUUUAGAGUUUUCUGGAGUUAUUGACAAGUCUGCAGCAUUUGCUUUGAAUUUCGAAGGCUCACUUCGGAGUUGCCUAUGUUUAGAGUCUCUAAGAAUUAAAAUCCGUGGAGGAGAAAUCGAUGAUUAUGGCUUUAUGUUGCUUGGAAUCUACCUUUUGAUGCCUGGAACACUCAAGGUUCUUAAGCUUGAGCCAGCUAGUGCAUUGGAUACUAUAGUUUUCUUUAGGACCUUUACAUACACGACUACCGAGUUUCCUGUUGGUCUUACGACUUUUGGAAAGGCAUUGACACAUAUAUCUUUAGUUUUGGAUAUCAUUUGUGACACUCUUGUCCGCACUAUUGUACACGGCCUUCCUCUACUGUCAGAGUUGGAUCUUAAAGACCGGCCAACAUCUGAACCGUCUGACGACCUAUCUGACUUCGGGCUUCAAUCACUAGCUGGCUGUACGCAUCUAACUAGCCUGUCUCUUAUACGAAGCCGACAAAAUAUUGCUACCUCGUUCAAAAGGGUGACUGAUAUGGGUAUGUUUUUACUUUCGGAGGGUUGCAAAGGACUAGAAUCAGUUCGAUUUGGUGGGUUUUCUAAAGUUAGUGAUGCGGGGUUUGCAUCAGUUUUCAAUUCAUGUUUGAAAUUAAAAAAGUUUGAGAUUCAAAAUGCUUCCCUUUUGACCGACUUGACGUUCCAAGACGUAAGUAAGGUUCCUAGGUCCCUUGUGGAGGUGAAGUUGGUGUCAUGCAGUUUUAUAACCAGUGAAUCAGUGAGUGAAUUGGCAACAUGUAGCUCAUUGGAAGUUCUUGAUUUGCUUGGCUGCCGAAGUGUAGCAGAUCCUUGUCUUCACAAUGUAUCAUUACUUACUUCGUUGACGACUUUAAACUUAGGUGGUGCUGAUGUUACUGAUGUUGGUAUGGCUAUUCUAGGUAAAGGGAAUGCACCCAUCACUUGUCUAUCUCUCAGAGGUUGCAAGAGGGUAACAGAUAGAGGAAUCAUGUUUCUGUUUGAAAGCGGAGGAAAGUUUCACAAGACUUUGUCAUUUCUUGAUCUUGGUCAUAUGCCCGGGAUCACAGAUUCGGCCAUAUCAUCCAUUGCCACUGUAUGUGUAGGGCUUACAGAACUAUGCAUUAGGAAUUGUUUUCAUGUUACAGAUACUUCCAUAAAGGCUUUGGCUUUAAAGGAUACACAUGAAGGCGAUAGUAAACCUCUACGGAAGCUUGAUCUUUAUAAUUGCACUGCUUUGUCUGCUGGAUCUUUUGAAUUUCUGAAAAAGCCAAAUUUUCGUGGUUUACAAUGGAUUGGAAUUGGACGGACCCGAUGGUUUUGUGAAGAUACCAAGUUAGCUGAAAUAGACAGGGAAAGACGAUGGCUGUUUAUUUGUGCCGACGGUUGUGAGCUGGGGUGUCAUGAUGGAUGGCAAUUUCACAAGUUUUGAAAGUGAGGUCUCCCAUAUGUGGUCCAUGGCUCCAUGCUACUGUACCAAUUGGUGUGAUUCCCUUCUCUAAAAGUUGUACAGUUUUGUUUGACUUUAGCUGCUAAUUUAUGUCUAGUAAGGUCAGAUGAUUAA